GAAAAUUGCCUAUAUUGAACUCCUUAAAAAUACAAAUCUUCAUCUCUAUAUUAUUAUAUUAAAUACAAUAUAACUUGUGGUAUAAUAAUAUAGAGUAAAAUAAAUUUUUAUUACUGGAAAUUCCCUAUGCAGAGAUCACAGUGACCUAUGUAGACAUUUUCAUACGUUUAUGCUAUUAUUUCAGUGAACAACAUUUAGUCUGUUGACAGUCACUGAAGUGUUAAAGUGUUUUAAAUAAUAUAAAAAUUUGAAAUGGAAGUUUUUAAAUCCAACAAAGGCGGUGACAAAAUGCCUUUUGAAGGCUACACAUAUACAGUUAAAUACGAUGGUGUAAAUCAUAUUACAUGGAGAUGUUCAAAAAGAAAUAGUACAAAUUGUCCUGCAAUACUAAAGACUAGUAUCUUGAAAACGAACCAUUCUGUGAUAAUAGGACAUAAUCACUUUGCGAACAAAUCCGAAGUAAAUGCCAUGAUAGCUGUAUCAAAAAUAAAAUUAGCUGCAAAGACAUCUUGUGCAAAUCCAGUCGAGAUUUAUGCUCAAGGUGUUUCUGAGUUAGACGAACGUUCCAAGUCAAUGAUGCCGCUUGAAGAAACCACUACAAGAACACUAAGAAAUCAAAGAUCAAAAGACAAUCCUUUGGAUCCUGUUAGUCUUAAUGAUUUAAUGAUUGAAAAUGAUUGGUGUACAACUGGAAAACCAUUCCACAAACUGCUUGCUGACAAUGGAAUAGGUGCCACUGAAAGAAUAAUUAUAUUUUCAACAGAUGAAGGAUUAAAUAAUUUAGCAUGUGCAUCAACCUGGUACAUGGAUGGGAACUUUGCCCUUGCACCAAAACAAUUUCAACAACUGUACGUUAUACGAGUGCAAGUAAAUAAUGUUUCUACUACAGCAGUUUAUUGUUUAUUGCAAAGAAAAAGCAUGUCAACCUAUGAAUCAAUGCUAAACACAAUACUAAAAAAAGUGUGAAGAAAACAAUUUGUGUAUAGAUGC